CCCCGGGACAAACUACUGUCUAACACUCCUCAGUUGUAUUCGUCACGUGUCAGAAGACCGACGAUCUAAACAUAUUUUUUUAGUGAUAAUGACAAUAUUGUUGAGGUUGAAAAAUAGUGAGGUCAAACUGAAAAACUCCCGUAGAGGAACUAACGGCUGCUAGUUGAUUUUUUGCCCGGCAGAAUACCCGUAGUGUCUUGUUUGUGAAAAAUUGUGAAUGUUAUUGUAUUCUUUGAUCACCAUGAGGGACCUAAUAAGAAAUUACAAAAUGAUCAUCAAGGGUAAAAACCAGGACUCCGAUUCAGAAACUGAACCGCUGAUGAGCUCCAGCUCCUCUUCUGCGUCUCAAGGAUUCGGGACGGUCAGAGAGCCGCAAAUCUUUAAACAGGAGAGUUAUAGUACAGAAAGCGAGGAGGAUAGAGCCAGGCAGAUGGAAAAGAAGUUGAACUCGGCAACUACGCCGUUCAGCAUCCAAAAUCCCAUCAAAAAGCAACUGUUGUUUCCACCGAGUUAUUCUUCUGGUCCCGAGGUCAAUGGGUUAGUAGCCUCGGCGGGAUUGUUCGACAACCAUAUCUACCAGAAAAUACCAUCAGAACCAACAUUUGUGUCUAUAGAAAAAGAUAUCUUGGGAGACGCAGUAACAGGUUUUGGAAAGGAAAAACAGCAUACUCACAACUCUGUAGUCACGAUCUUCGCUGUUUGGAACACCACCAUGGGUUCUUCCCUUCUGGCCAUGUCCUGGGGUCUGGAGAAGACAGGACUCUUUCCGGGAAUACUGAUUAACGUCCUCAUAGCCGCUCUUUGUCUGUACACGGCGUACGUCCUGCUCAGCGUCAAUCAAAAGCACGGCAUGUUAGGGCAGAACAUCGAGGUACCCGACCUCUGCAGGAUGUUAAUCGGAAAGUGGGCCGAAGUCUUGGCCAAAAUCUUCUCGUUGGUGGUCCUCAUAGGGGCUAAUAUUGUGUAUUGGAUUCUGAUGUCUAAUUUUCUGUACAAUUCCGUGGUUUUCAUUUACGGUGUCUUCAUGGACAACGCGAUGAUCGAAGAAAACCCCGUCUUAUGCCCCAAACAGAUAAACCUAAGCCUGAACGACACUGUCAUCCUCCCGCAAAGCUUCAACCACUUCAACGCCAACACCACCUUCGACAAAGUGUGGAAUUUAUACACGACGGUCCCCAUUUUCUUAGCCGUAGUGAUGUUCCCCCUCCUCAACUUUAAGAGCCCGACUUUUUUCACGAAAUUUAACAGCCUAGGUACCAUCAGCGUGGGUUAUCUGUUGCUGUUCGUAGCUGUAAAAGCCUCCAACUGGGGCGUGAACUUGCCAAAUUUGACGGCAGAAUUCUACUUGAAGCCGAGCUUUUGCGCUCUGACGGGCAUGCUGUCCCUCAGCUACUUCAUACACAACAUCAUCGUAUCCAUCAUGAGGAACAACCAACACCAGGAACACAACGGCCGCGACCUUAGCAUAGCCUUCGGCCUAAUAACGUUCACCUACAUAUUCAUCGGCGUCGUUUUUUAUGUCAGCUUCCCACUGAUGAAAUCCUGCAUUGAAGACAAUAUCCUGAACAAUUUUUCCAAACGCGACACGCUGACCAUCAUAGCGAGGGUCCUGCUCCUAUUCCAGCUGUUCACAGUAUUCCCGCUGAUAUCUUUCAUGCUACGGAACGACGUUCUCGUCAACAUCAACGCCAUCUUCAAGGACUGCAGGCUGGGGGAGUUCUCUUACGCCAAGGUGGUGGCCAUCAACUCCGUCGUGCUGUUCGUGUGCAUCAUGUUCGCCUGUUUCCUUCCGCGGAUUGGCACGCUGAUAAGGUACACUGGAGCUCUCAGCGGCCUUGUGUACAUCUUCCUCCUGCCCAGCCUUCUGAAGAUGGCAUCGCUGAAGAAGGAACGCUCCUUAACCGCUGCGAAAUUCGUCUUUCAUGUCAUAAUUAUAAUAAUCGGCGUAUUAAACCUUAUUUCGCAAUUUUUCAUAAACGACAAGUAAAUUUAUUUAAGCAAACACAAGUUAUGGCUGUUAUUUUUUCAUUUUUGACUAAAUACGAUGUAUUCUGAUGUAAUCGUUUUUAUUAUAUUGUGAUAUUUAUUGAUUUUAUAAUAAAGUGUAUAUUAUU